GCACAUAAUACAGUAAAUUGUAGAGUAGCACUAAAACAUUCAGCCAACAUCAUGGUAGAUAGUGAGAAUGCAUUGUUAUCCAUCAUUGAAAUCGCAACGUGCCCUGUUUGCUUCUCUCGACUGUGCAACUCACCCAGUGUCUGUGUUAAUGGCCACGCAGUCUGCUCUGAUUGUGAUGACAACCUUAGCCAGUGCCCCAUCUGUAGCGCUAGCUUCUCCCAGGAGAAACACACCAUCCUCUCACAGAUUCUUGAAGCACUACCUUUCAUCUGCGGUCAUAAGGGCUGCUCCAUUCUAACUAGAGAUUUAGUAAACCAUGAGAAAUGGUGUGGAUACAGACCUACCAAAUGUGAACGGUGUGCGUGGUCUGGUCCGGCUAAAACACUGAAAGCUCAUGUUACAAGUAAUCAUAAACUUGCAUCAAAUGACACUGACAAAACUUGUCACUUAAUAAGUAACUUUAGAAAGUCCUACGCAAGACUUCAGCAUGAUCAGGUUUUUUGGGAAAUAACAAGGAACAAUCCCAAAGAAAAGUUGUUUUCCAUACAACUUCUCUGGGUGCCCAAUGGAGAUAUAGUGGGAGAUGUGUUUCAGAUGAAAGUCAAGUUUGCAUCUAAGGAAACCUCGUAUGUUGCAAGCACCAGGAUAAAAUUUGAUCCUGAAAACAGUUUAGGCACUGAAAACUGCCUUAUUUUUCACAAAGAUAUAAUACAACACUUUGAAGACAAUGGCAGUCUAUCAUAUAAAUUGUAUCUUACAAAAGAUUGAGGUAAAAAAUGUAUACAUCUUAUGUCGAGUAUCAUUCAAUAAUUGUAAAAACUGUAAAACUCAUAAAAAUAUAUAUUUAAAAUACAUUAUUUGACCUAACUGAAGUAUGACACAGCUUGUAAUGCCUGUAUGUAAAUACUAUAGGGUUGCUAGCGAAUUUUAUGCUUGAACACAUGGAAAUAAUAAAAAAACACAAUAUAGCAGUACAAAAAUACCCUUUACUCUGAUCGUGUAAACAGUACAAAUUACCUUGUUAUAGCUUAGCUAUUAUAGUAAGAUAUUAGGAUACUGAAAUUUUAAUUUAAUUAAAGACCACUGAAAAAUUAAAUUGCCAUCCCUGCUAAAGUAUUAAUAUAUCUUAUGGCACUGUUCUAACCGAACAAGUGAUUAAACCUGUCAGGAUUAAAUUAGGAAACUUUCAGUCAUUAGUUACUUUCCACAGCGAGUCGAUCUCUUUAUUUGUUUUGUGUGAAUAAUUUAACAACAAAUACUCUAGGGUCAGGAAAAUUCCCAUAGGUAUGUAGUGCUGAAAACCCCCUAAAAAUUCACUGCUGUAUCAGAAAGGCUUGGAUCAUCUGUCUUUGAAUUCAGAAGAACAUUAAGUUUUUCUCACUAUAGACACUUUUUGUUUAAGACAGUUCUAAAACUAUAUCAUUAUAAAAAAAGCAAUAAUUAGCCAGAUGUACAUCUUUUCAUUAAAGUGCGGGUUUAAGAGUGCUGAGAGAGGUGAAGAUAUCAGGUAUGUAAGAUUCUGAAUCACCCGUCAUUAUUAGGCAGUCACGUAAAAAUUGUUUGCUUUGCUCUUUCCUUCAUCUCACAGCUCUGUCAAAAACAAUUGAAUUUUCCCAUGAAGUUCAAACAAUCUACAAUCUUGUAAGCACCUUGACCCCUGACCUACACAAUGGAGUAGCAACUAUUUAGGUUUUUUUUUUUUUAUUAAAAGGAGAGACCGAUCCCCUUUUAAGCCUUAUUCUGUCCGUCCUCAUGGGCCACUGGCCUGUGCGAGGAUCUUAUCAAACAGAAUGAGGGGGAGAGUCGAUACAGUACAAGGUUGAUGGUACUGAUAAAAAGUGCAACGGUCACAGACAGGAUUUGAACCUGCGCUAUCUCUAACUCAGACCCAAACUCCAAUGACUUAGACCCCUAGGCCAUCGGCACUCCCAUAGGUUAUUUAGGUUCACCACCCAUUUUUCACAUAAAACAAAUGAUAAUGAUAUAUUUUUGACUGUGAUUUAAUCAAGCCAUAGUCUUCUUUUUUCAUGUUUUGGCUGAUACCUUUCACCACUAGUGCCUCUUUGUGUACACUACAGCAAGUUCAUUCAACCAAUUGUGAGCAAUGCAUGUAACUUUGUUAAAAUCAGAUAAUUCUUACCAUUUCCUUACAUUUAAUCAAUUCCUCAGUGUUUUUAAUAACAGCAUACCAAAUGGAUGCAAUUAUAUUGGCUACAUGUAAAAUGAGACUUCUCCAACUGUAUAAACACAACCAUUCUUAGUAAUUAACUAUGCUAAAACAACCAGCUUUUAAUGGUAUGAAACCAUUGUGUCUUUUAUUGACAUCCACGCCCCACUGAGAUGUUUACAUAAAUUCUGUUCUGUGAUAAAAUUAAAUAUAUCUUUGAAGAUUUAAGGCUUUAUACUGUGAUUAGCCAAGGUUUCAAAACAAAUUAUGCACGAUGGUGACUCUAUCAAUACUGCCAUACUCAACAAUCCUGUCACCACUCGCCAGUAACCGUGCAAUGUCACACGGGUGACCUCACUUGAAAUAAGAGGUAUGGCCUUGAAUAUUGAAGAAUUUGUUGUUAAAUGAAUAGUCACAACAUCAAAUAAUUUUAAUAAUAAUUGUAGAUGUAAGGAAAAUGACUGAAUUCAACUCAGUAUUUUGUGACAAUGUAAAUGAUGGACAAUGAGUUUUAAAAAAAAUUUUUACAAUAAUUUACCAUGCCUCUUUAAUAGUAAUAGUUGAUAUGUUAUUUGAUUCAGUAUGGUUGGUGUUGUAAUAUCCAAUAUAUAGCAGUGUUGUCAUUAGUAAUGAAACAAUUAAAUUGUACAUACGAAUAAAAAAUAAAAAAGGUGUUUCAAAUAUGA